GUGUGUGGUUGUUCCCGCGAUGCUAACUUAUACGACGUAUCCAAGGUACAGAGAACAAGAGACUUUUUUAAGGGCAUUAUACGACAAAAGUCCUGAUAACCCUCUUCUAUAUUUCAUGCUCAUGUCGAUUAAUUACAAUUCCAACAUAGACCAUCUCAGACGGAUCGACGUUCGAGUAUUACACAAGGCCACAUUUGGAUGAACGAUCGCCCUGCUUUGCCGCUGCUGCAGUCUACCUUCGAUUGUUUCGGCGCAUGAUUGUGCGAUUUUUCAGGCUCUUUAAAUUUAGUGCGAGCGUUGUUUCCUUCCGGCUGCGGACCCCUCGGUCUUCAUGACACCAUCGAAUCAUGCAUCUCCCUUCAGCCCCCCCGAAUCGGUGACGAGUCCCACGCCGCUGAGGAGACCUAAGACCAGAAUUUCGGCAGAUUCGCAAUCAAUGACUUCAUCUGUAGCUUCACUGCCAUACAGAGCCUCGAACGCCUCAGUACAGUCACUGUUCGCGUCAACGACGACACCUUCUGGUUCAAGACCAGUCUCCCCUACUGGCGGAUCAUCGACACCUUCGCGAAUCGCAGGAUCUGUGUUUGGUGGAAGUACGAUCUCUGAAAGCCAUCUCUUACCGUCAGAUGGGAAAGACGAUCCUCGAAAUUUAAUUUUAUCCGGAUUUGUUCCACAUAUUGCGGUACACACAUCUAUCGAUACUCAUGAGCUUGUGCAAGACAAAGGGUUCAAGGGAGGACUUUGGGAGUUAAUAAGGCCAUUUGGGGAGAAGAUACAAGGAAAAGUCAAUGUGCGAGACAGUAUAGGGGCUGGCCGGACGUAUGAUGAUUUUGGAGUACGCUUUGUUCAAUUGGGGGAUGGGCUUGAAAUACCGGAUGGGAUACCUGGGUCUCGAAGGAGUGGGGAGGGGAGAGUCUUGUCACCGAAUGGCAGCAAGUCCAUUCCGGAGUCAAUAGCUGCUCAGCGCUUGAGAACGGGAGGAGAUGUUCCUCAAAUUGAGCGACUUGUUGAUCGACAUUUAACGAAUGCUGAAGAAUUUCCGGGUGUCAGUGCAGAAGACUUUUUGAACUUGAAGGAUAGCUCUAAAGUUUCAGGGGCAACUUCGCCGUUUUAUACUCUUUAUCUACGAAGGCUACUUUCAGGAAUACCUUUAGCCCCGCACGAAACUUUCUCACAUCCAGUGGCAUGUAUUAUCGCCAUAAGUUCACGUAACAAAAACCCGAUUGAAGCUUUGAGGAGGUUAUAUGAAGAAUCGAGUCGCGGAGAAAAGCGUUUGCCAUUAUGGGUCAACGACGAUUAUCUCCGCUAUUAUGUUCUGGUACACGACGAAGAACGAGAUGAUAUCACAAAAUCUAUCACAUUAUUUGAACAAAUGAAACGCCAUUUUGGGCUUCAUUGCCAUCUCUUAAGGCUUCGAAGCAGUCAAUGCGUGGCAACAGAUGAUGAUAGUGUACAACUCCCACGGUGCGAAUGGAUAGCUGCAUCAGAGGAAAUGGCCGAAAUACAAGCGCGAGAGUCCCAGGAAGACCCAGAAGACUCAUUUCCCUGUAUAUAUGAAUCCGAUACCACUGCUAUUAAAACAUUUAUUCGCGAGAUGGUUACUCAAUCUGUUGUUCCAUCAAUGGAAAGGUGCGUAGCUACUUGGAAUGACCAGGUUGCUUCGCGGCGAAGAGGAAUAAGUGGGAGAUUUAUGAGCUUAUCGAAAACUAUAAAAUGGCCUGGGGCAUUUGGUUCUAGCUCACGAAGCAAUUCAAAUUCGGUAGGAUCCGGUAGUAAUUAUGAUGCAUUGCAGGGGUUUUACCGACCGGAUUCACCAGAAGCAUUGAUGCGAAAGCUGGCAGAUUACUCGUUUAUGCUUCGAGAUUGGAAAUUGGCGCAGCAAAUUUAUGAUCUGUUACGAUCGGACUUCACUAAUGAUAAAGCAUGGAAAUAUCAUGCUGCGGCCAAUGAAAUGGCUGCUGUUAGUACCCUCAUGAUGCCUCAUUCUAUCAGUGCCAAAACACGUACUGAAACCAUCGAUAUGAUGCUUGAAACCUCAUCGUACUCGUAUAUGACACGAUGCAGUGCCCCAUAUGGAGCCUUGCGCUGCUUGACCUUAGGAAUGGAGCUUCUUAGGGUGAGAGGCGGUUCGGCAACUGGCGAUGCAGCAAGAUGGGGAGCAAGACUUCUUGAACACAAGAUUGUGGGUGCAGUUGGCGACUCAUUAUUCAAGGAACGAGUUGCGGUCUGUUAUGGUACAAAGAAGGGACACGGAGUUGGCCUUUGGGGUAGCAGGACAAGAAAAUCUGCCAUGUGGAGUAUAAUGGCCGCCGAAGGAUGGCUGAGCCUAGAGAAGCCCCAUCAAUCGAGAAAGAGUCUAGAUGAUGCACGUGCGAGGUAUGCUACAUUGGCAAAUAAAGACAGUUUAUUGCACUUUUCGGAAGCGAAUGAAUUUGUUCAAGGUCUUGAGAUGCAGAUCGAAAACACUUUAUACCCCAUCACCGAAUCCCAAGCAACGAUAAUGCCAGACGAUGACAUGAUAGAGACAACCAUGGGAGAAGAAAGCGAAGCCUUCAAUUCCCGUCCACAUCGAAGAAGUCUCCUGGGUGGAGUAGCACCGCCUCCAAUCUCAAGUCUUGAAUCGGCGCCCUUGCAUGGAGCAUUAAUAGAAGCGGAAGAGAAAGACAAGAUUGUUACGAGUAACGAUUUUGAACAAGAAUAAUGAUAGGGUGGGGUCACAAUUAGUUGUGAAUGAGAGCGAGCGAACUUCCUGCAUAUACCAUUUUAUUUCGAGAGGAACCUUUAACCGUGUUGGGAGGAAAGCAUUGCAAAUAGGAGUCUGAGGAGUUAUAGAUCUGGUUGAAGAUAGGUCUCAGGGAUGAACAUUGGGGUCAUAUGUAUGAAUAUGCUAUGAGAUGAACCCAAUGAACAAGUUUAGCAAUGAUCAAUAUUAUCAAGUUUCAUGUAAUAGACGUUCAUCAAUUAUGACA